AUGGCUAUAAAUGAGAUUACACGUCUACCGAAACCAACAGUCGCCCCGACCAACACGCCGGGACCCCCCGGGGAAUAUGUUUUCUCAUUUGGGCGUCACCACUAUGUGAUCGACUUAUCCAAGGUACUUUGGUUGGGAGCAUAUAUCGAUUUGGAGCCAAGAGAUAAUGCAAGUUAUACUCAGCCUGGCUAUGAGAGCAAAUACGAAUCAGAUCAUUCUGUGCCCUAUCUAUUCAUAGCUGCCCAGGGAAUCAUAAAUGGAUAUCAUUGCUGUUUCAAUAUGCUCCCUCCCGAGCUUUCACAUUACUAUAAACUCUGCCAAGCGCUUGAAGUUAUAUCAGCCGAGAAUUUGUCUUCAAAACCUGCGUCUCUACAGGAACUCUAG